CGUGGCGGUUUGCAACCUCCAGAAGACAAAGCACAUGGACUUGGUCUCGACGUCCAACUUCCAUGCGACGCUGCUGCCAGGUGCACUUGCGGUUCUCUUGAUCCCGCCCGAGCGCGUCCAUGCAUGCAGCUGGGCGCUCCUCACCCUGCUCCUCUACGGCGGCUGCAGCGUCGUGUGCCGGGAAGGCGACACAAACGUGAGCGCGUCGCACAUUUGCCGGUCCAAGGAGGCCGAGGUCUUCUCGAUGGUCGCCGACAAGGACGGGAUCACGCUCUUCGUGGACCCGAACGGUGUCAAGGUCUUCGAGUUUGCGAAGGUGCUGGAAGACAUUCACCUGGCGCCCCAGCAGUGGCGAGCGAUCCAGAUCCACUUGGGCCCAAUGGUCGCCGAGUUUCCCGGCGUCAUACGCUUUCUUUCGCAGCUGCUCGCCGAAGACAACAUUAGCAUUCUCAACAUGAGGUGUCGAGAUAGCACCUACGACACCGACAUCAUUUACGUCCAAGAAUGCAACUUGGAAAAGGCCAUUCACUGCCUUCAGAGCAAGCUCUCACGCGGUGUCCACGGUCUCAAAGAGGUCAAGGACGAGGAGACCAGUCGGCGACUUAGCAGCGAAGGGUCCGACUCGCCCAGUCACCUCUCAAGCCCCUCGUCACUGCUACCGUCGCCCGUCAGUGUUGCUGGAUCGUCGUCCCAAUACCUCGCCGUGUACCCGGCGUCCAUGGUGCUGGUUCGCUUGAAGAAGGACGCGAUUCGCGACAGUGCCUUUGGGCUCACGCAGCUGCUGAUGACGACCAACGCGCCGGGCGUGGCUACGACGUCGCGCCAGCACGCCAGCGCGUUCUGGUGCUACUGCGAAACGGCCGAGGAAAUUUGCUUGAUCCUCGACGAAGAGUGCUUGAGCGACUUCUCCGAGAGUGCCGUCGUUGUGUCGCCGGACCGAUGGCGCGUCAUUACGCUCUGCGGACGCAAGUAUGGCUUUGACGAGACGGGCAUCGUCGCUGCCAUGUCGGGACUCGACUCGGUGCACACGCAAGUGCUCAACAUUAGUUCAUUUGGCUCCAACGUCACCCUCGUGCUGGAAGAUGCGCUCGACGAAGCAGUCGCGACUCUUGCAGCGUCGCUGCGUCUCGAUCGCGUCGAGCGUCUCUAAGAACUGAUCGAUCCAUCUCCGUACUAUACAAUUCGUCUGCUGACACGGACGUCAUUGUCUGCCUUUC